UAUAUAAAGUUGUAGUCGUAGCGUACGUUCGAAUCCGUUGACUUAGGUUAGGUGGCGUCAUUCUUGAUGCCGCGCCCGGUCCAGCCCGACUCGGAGUGCUCGGAAUAAUUACACGAUUGGAUCACCGACCAAGUCCUGCCUUUGUCCGAUCACCUGUCGCAAAUAUCCGUCAUGGUUCUUCUCUAAAAACUGUUACAAACUGUUAUUCCUUCCCGAGACUGCUGGGAGCUCGAUAUUUUGAAAAAUCUUUGAGCAGAUGUCAUUGGACGUGAAAAAUCGAGAUAUCGAUCAGGUAGCGGUAAAAGCAAGAAAACAUUAACGCGGUUGAUUUUGAACGAAAUGGAGAGUCGUUGAUCGUCUUGGAUAGUCGCACAAUCCCGUUUUUUAAUGCUGAUGAUCCAUUUCUUUGGAAUUCGGGAAGCAUUGCUGGUUGAUGCGCUGGCACUUUCUCGUCGCAGGUAGAGUCAACAGUGUUUAAUGCAGGUGUGGCGCGUCGCAUAUUUUCCGGUAUGCUUAAGAAAAUUUAAUGCUUGAAAGUGAGUACAAGUUCUUCGAAGUAAAUUAGUCCAUCGACUAUUAAUGUUGCCAUGCUAUUCUAUACAUACGUAUAAUAUUUUCUUUUAUUCAAUGAAUGCUCGUAUUUGCACAAUGUCAUCGGACCGUAAUGGUUAAAAAGUUAUCGUAAAGUUGAGUUUGAUUUAAUAUCUCGACACGAUGUUUGCACCAUGGAUAGUUUUUAUCAUGGUCUUAAUGCUCCGAAGUCAGAGUUACGCGAUGGCUCUGGAGUAUCUGGGUUGCUUUAAAAGCUUGGAGUCGAACCUGGACCUUCCUUUCCUAGCCCUCGAUCGUGCCAGUAGUCCUUUGGAAUGCGUUGCAGAAUGCCAGUCUCGGUAUUACAAGUUCGCUGGGCUGACGGAUGGGCAAAAAUGCUACUGUGGUAGCACGUACGGUAGGAAUGGAGAGUCACGUGCUUGUACAAUUCCAUGCGUCACUGAUGCGUCUGCCUUUUGUGGAUCUCAUGAGGCUGUGAGUGUAUACGCCACGAGUCAAAAAGGACCAAGUCCACCGAGGCGAAUACAAGUAAAUAGAAUGAAACAGGAUGAAUUUAAAAUUACGUGGGAACCUCCUAUUCUACCUAAUGGUAACGUGACGUUAUACAAAGUCCGAGCAGUAUCCAUCGACACUCACGCCUUUGAACCUUUACCCCCUGUCGAGAGUCGAAUACAAGGUGGCACAUCCAAUGAAACUACGCUUGGAGGUCUCCAACCCGGAACCAAAUACAACGUAUCGGUUACAGCCGUAAACGAGGAAGGAAAUGGCGAACCUGCCUAUGCAGUAGAAUGGACACCCAUUGGACCUCCUUGUAAGCCCGAUCCACCAAAAUUAUUGGGAAAGAGUGACACCACCGUGACCAUAAUACUGACAAGAAGUUGUAGUGAAAACGGACCCGUAAGCGCAUAUCAGGUGGUCGUGGUUCGACCAGGAAUAAUACCGCCAUUUGGUGCAGAUGCAGUUUUCCCAAAUUAUAACGACUCGAUUCAGGAAGGCCUGGGAUACUACGUCACCGGAGAAUUCGAGGCACGCGAUUUCGAAAAAUACGAGCGAUUUACGGUGGGAAACGGUGGAUACGUAGGUGGAUACUACAAUGCACCUUUGAUGGCAGGCGCACCGAUCCCUCGAAUAGGAGCGGCAAUCGUGUCCAGAGCUAGAGACGAAAUGCGAUACGGAUACUCGGAUUUAACAGAAGGCACACGGUAUUUACAGCAUUCAGCGGAGGCGCGAAUGGACUCCACGGCGAUCGUCCUCUGCGUGGCCAUAGGCAUCCUGGGAACGCUCCUGGUUGCUUCGAUAUUCCUCUAUGUACUUCUGAAACGCCGUCAUCGAAAGGGCCGGGAGAGAAGUCUGUCCGAGCGCCGAGAACUGACCCUACAAGGGCCGAUCUACGAGGUCGACAACGUUGCGUACAUCCCCGAAGACGUUCCCGAGAGAGCGGAUCACUAUCACGAAUUGAAGAACAAGGUUUGGAGCAUCCCGCGAAAUUUCCUCUCCGUGGACGCCGUGGUUCUUCGAAGGGGUCGCUUUGGUACGAUCCAUUCCGGCACUGUAAAAAGGGAUGGUACACCGUCCAGGGUUUGCGUCCACGGCAUCUCGGAUGGAUUGUUGAGGGGAUCGGAAAAAAAGAUGAUGCUGCGGGAGCUCGACGUGUGCAUUCGUGCCGGGUCGCACGAAUACCUCGCUGGACUCACGGGCACCUGCGAAACGCCCGACACCCUGUACGUCGUCUUCGAAAUGCCGCCUUUCACCCUGAAGGAUCAUCUGCUCGACUCCCGGUCGGGUGGUUCGUUCCCUUCUGAUAGAAUAUUGCCUAUCGGAGCCCGCGUGGCGCAAGGGCUGAGGUACCUGGCCUCCCAAAAAAUCGCUCACGAGCGUCUCUGCGCCAGAACCGUUGGCAUCGCUGAGAACUGGAUCCCGAAGAUUACUGGCCAUGGACUGGCCAAGCACUCCACGGAGGACCUGAAGUAUAUCCGAUGGACCGCCGUCGAGUGUUUCGACCGAAACUCCAGGAGGAACCACCAGCCGGGAGUGGUUUGGGCCUUCGGCGUCCUCAUCUGGGAGAUGCUCAGCGUCGGAGGCACGCCUUACGCGGAUCUGGAGCUCGACAGCGACCUGGAGGAAGCCGUCUCCAGAGGUCUUCGACCCAGACGACCACCCGAUGUCCCGGAUCCGCUCUACGAGGUCGUUCUUUCCUGCUGGCAGUCUGACCCUGAAGAGCGGCCGUCCUUCGACGAGCUGGUUCGCCUGGACACUCUCAGCAUCUGUCCGAUCACCGCCAUCACGGAGCCUUACGUCCCGGAACUCGAAUUGAAUUAAGAGAUCUAGAGCAGCAUCUAGUUUUAAGAAUUUUUAUAUACAUUCCAACGGGUACACGUACUUAAUUGCGACCUACUCGUGCUUGUACAAGUCUAUGUACCAGUGUCGGGGGGUGUUUACGAGAUCUAACGUAACGUCUUGCACGUGAUUUCACGCAACCUAGAUAAGGGGGAAAUUCGAUUAUCUCUUUAUUUUAUUCUCGCUCCGUAAUACGCGCUUUUGCUCGUGUUAAGGCUGCGUAACUUGUUCAGUCCCUUGUGUUCAAUCGAUUUGCGUAUAUAAUCGAGUCUUAAACUUAAUUGAAGUAACUAGGCAGUAUUUUUACAGAUGUCAUUAUAUGAAUGAGUUUUUAUACCUUUUGUUAUAGUACCUAGAUCUUUUAAUCAUCGAUAUUAGAUACUUGCGCGAUUUAUUGCGUUCAACUUCAUGCAUUCCAUUUUUGGAUUUUAAGUUUAAAUCGGUACAUUCGAACGUUACACAACAAACGCGGUAUUGUGCACCGAUUGGCGUUCCAUAUCCGUACAACGAAUACCGAACGUUUAUACGAAGGAAGGGAAUUAAGCCGGCAAAGUUGUACAUAAUGCAGAGAAAUAUUUCUAUAUUUUAUGCUUUAUAUUUAUAUCGUAAUGGCCGACAUCAAAGAUUUCGAAGACUUCCGGUCCUCGCGCGCUCGUACGUCCUGAACAUCAACGUCGAUGUUGAAUCUACGCGUUUCAAUGUGGUACACCAAGGAGGGAGAAGCAAGUACAAAGUUUAACGAGACUUACUCGGUAUCGCAUCUCGCUAAUUUAAUUAAUUCUAGCGAACAAAUGUCUCGCGUCGUCGCCAACGUCGACGUCCGAUUAACGCAUACAUACUUAAUUCACCGCCUUUGUAUUCGAAGCACCGGAGAAGACCAAUGCCGAUCUCAAAUGUUUUUCACCGAAUGCGAACAUAAUGCACGCAACGAUCUGACUAAUUUUAGUACACAUUAAUUAUAUACGUAUUAAUUCCCAUUACAAUGGACACCACGAAUUAACGAAUCGGAAGGUCACGCGUGGGCGCGGGGUAUGUAAUAUAUAUACACACGUCUUGAAAUAGCGACAAUGACGAUGUAACAUCGAACCAGGUUGUACAUUAAAUGGCAUUUGACCCCAA